AUGGAGGGUCAAAAAGCCGAAAAUAACAGCGCUGAUGACGCAAUUCGUCCGACAGAUUCCGCGCCGGCUUUGAAUGUGCUGUGCUCCGUAUGCAAAGAGUUCUUUCGUGCAAAUGACAACGUUUGCCACUCUAAUAGGUGCGGUCAUGCCUUCCACUCCAGCUGCCUGAGCCGCUGGCUAAGCAGAUCCCUCACCUGCCCACAAUGCCGGACCGCCUGUGGUCGUUCUGCAUCCAGACUCUAUCUGAACUUCGCCCAAGUCACAGAGACGUGCGAUGAUCCACCUUCAGACGACAAGUUCUACAAAAUGGAUGAGCACUUCGAGUGGCGGCCCAUGGAACUGGAUGAGGACAGCAGAUCAGAGUACUCGCACCUGCUGUCCGACGAAGCCGUUCAGUGUGGAUUCGAUGAUGAGGGGAAUCCCGCUUAUGUGGCACGAGCCUACUUCGACAACGAUCGCCUGCCGGCCCACUAUGUGCCACGGAAGAAGGUUGCCUUCGGCGGCUGGAACGGUUUGGCAUACGCUCUAACCGAUGGAGUGGAGUUGCUGGUGCUGAAAGAUUGCGACCACCAGUGGGUGGACGGAACGAAUGGCUCAUAUCCGCAGGAUGCGCUGCCCACUGGCUACUCGCAUUGGGGCGAGGUCACCUACACGGGACGGGCUUUGUACAAAGGAGUUUUGCGGCUGGGCAAGGUGCACCCCUCCUACAAUAGAAUUUUCAUACCACAUAAGGGAAAGGAGGUCGGCGGGCUUGUGUACGAGGUGCUGGUGCUCACUCCACGCGAGCCUGCUGUGCAAAGUGAUACCUGA